CAUUUUGGACUCAGUUCAGUUUCUUGCAUGUCAAUUUCAGACCCUGUCUCUGUGGUUACUGAGUGUUUUAGGGGAUAUAGAGAGACACUGGUAACAACCCAGGCGAAAGAAAAAGCCCGAUUCUUUUUAAAAAACAGCGUCCCCAUCUUAUCGACUGGAAUAAAUUCUCUCCCGAUGGAUUUUCAGAUUUUUUAAAGUUUUUUUGCCCCCACCCCUUUCUUUAUAGCAUUGCAAUUUUGUUGCAUUGGGUUGUACACACAAAAGCAAAGCAAAGCAAACUCUCCGUGCGGUGGACAUCGGAGACCGUGGGUCAUUCGGCUCGAUCUUUUUAAAUGUUCAGGAAGGAAAGGCGAUCAGGACGGAGAUCUGCUGCGUUUCGCUCACAUUGAAGGAAUAUGUUUGCGCCCUGGCUCACUUUUGCACUUCUUUGGGGAACUUUUUGUGCAGGGCAAAGCCAUGGUGACACAGAGACCAGGGUGUGUGUCUUCUACAACGGCAGCUGGGAGGUGGAGAAGACCAACCAGAGCGGCGUGGAGCGCUGCGAGGGUGAGCGGGACAAGCGCUCCCACUGCUACGCCUCCUGGCGCAACACCUCGGGCACCAUCGAGCUGGUGAGGAAGGGCUGCUGGCUCGACGACUUCAACUGCUACGACAGGCAAGAGUGUGUGGCCACAGAGGAGAACCCCCAGGUCUUCUUCUGUUGCUGUGAGGGUAACUACUGCAACGAGAGGUUCACCCACAUGCCCGAUGCCAACGGGACUCCGGUGAAGAUCAGGCCUCCCCCCCCCACACCCUCCCUGCUCAAUGUGCUGGUCUACUCCCUGCUCCCCAUCACGGUGCUCUCCAUGGCCAUGCUCCUGGCCUUCUGGAUGUACCGCCACCGCAAGCCGCCAUAUGGCCAGGUCGACAUCAGCGAGGAUCCUGGCCCACCCCCACCUUCCCCCUUGGCGGGAUUGAAACCCCUGCAGUUACUGGAGAUCAAAGCCAGGGGGCGCUUUGGCUGCGUGUGGAAGGCCCAGCUGCUGAAUGAAUAUGUAGCCGUCAAAAUUUUUCCCAUUCAGGACAAGCAGUCGUGGCAAAAUGAGUGGGACAUCUUCAUCACACCGGGGAUGAAGCACGAGAGCAUCCUGCGCUACAUUGCUGCCGAAAAGAGAGGAACCAACUUAGAGAUGGAGCUGUGGCUGAUCACUGAGUUCCAUGAGAAGGGCUCCCUGACAGAUUACCUCAAAGGUAACGUAGUGAGCUGGAAUGACUUAUGCCACGUUGCAGAGACCAUGUCCCGUGGGCUGGCCUACCUGCACGAGGAUGUGCCUCGCUGCAAGGGGGAGGGCCCCAAACCCGCCAUCGCACACAGGGACUUCAAGAGUAAGAAUGUGAUGCUGAAGGGAGACCUGUCUGCGGUCAUCGGGGACUUUGGACUGGCCGUCCGCUUUGAGCCCGGCAAACCUCCGGGAGACACACAUGGUCAGGUGGGCACCAGGAGGUACAUGGCCCCCGAGGUGCUGGAGGGUGCUAUCAACUUCCAGAGGGACGCCUUCCUGAGGAUAGACAUGUACGCCAUGGGCUUGGUGCUCUGGGAGCUGGUGUCACGGUGCAAAGCUGCCGAUGGCCCUGUUGACGAGUACAUGCUGCCCUUCGAGGAGGAGAUCGGCCAGCACCCGUCGCUGGAGGAUUUGCAGGAGGUCGUCGUCCACAAGAAGAUGAGGCCCUCUUUCAAGGACUGUUGGCUGAAACAUGCCGGCCUGAGCCAGAUGUGUGAGACCAUCGAGGAGUGCUGGGACCAUGACGCGGAGGCGCGGCUUUCGGCCGGCUGCGUGGAAGAGCGCAUUAACCAGAUCAGCAGGCAGAGCAACGCGCCUACCUCAGACUGCCUGGUCUCCAUGGUGACCUCGCUCACCAAUGUGGACCUGCCAUCCAAAGAGUCCAGUAUCUGAGUCCACGUCUAUGGGACCAGGCAGACUGACAGGGGGAAAACGACAACAAAGAAAAAACACCAACAACAACAGAAACCUUCAUCUUUCCAGACUCAGUGGAUCUCAGUAAACUAUGAAAAACACAAAUGCAGCUGCUAUUUUUUUCCUGAAGUUUCAUUUUGUUUGUUUUACAUUUUUCAAUAUUACCAGCACACUUAUCUGCUGUAUUUUCACAUGGCUGAGACAGGAAAAAAAAAAAAAACAGGCAGAACUUGCAUCUCGAUGGCAUUCA